GCAUUUGUCGGCCGCAUACGUCAUCGAGGCUGUCUCGUUUCAGAAAAGCGAGUAGGACACUUCGAAUGCGACCUUCGUGGGCACUCACAACCCACAAACCACAAUUCUUUGCUUCAACGGAAAUGUCUAAAAAAUAAUUACGCCAAUUUGCCCGUAAAUAUGAUGUUCAAACGCAAGGAAUGUUAAUUCCCAAGUUGAAGUACCUCGGUAGAUGGGUGCAGGGUAUAUAAUGUGUAUAAUUAUAUUAAUAUAUAAUUAAAAUAAAGUAUUAGACUAAAACUACACCUGUAAAAUCUAUUUUCUUUUAUCUUUACAUCAUUAUAACUCUCCUAAAAUGUACCUCAUACAUUCCCUUCUAAAGGGACUUUGUUACAUUCUCACUCAAAGCGCUCGCGGUUGUUGAAGAGUGGCGUGCUGUCAUAGCAACCAUGUUACUUUCCGUUUCCGUGUGUCCUACGAAGGCCGUCUCGUUUAAAUGAGGCUUGUUUAAAGGAGGACACUCGGUAUACUGCAGGCUUCAAAGGACGCGUCCUACCUAGCAUGCAGCCUUCGAAACGAGACACAGCCAUCAACAUAAUUUCCGGCAUCAUGGCCGCCAAAACAUUGGCAAACAUUUUCCAACUUGCAUGUUUGAGGUGCUGCUUUGGUAAUUCAGAUCCAUAAGACCCAAAUAUGCUGUGGCAUAUCGUACAAAUUUGCGCGUUUGUAUCUGUGUUUUCAGCAGUUGGUAGUUGGAUGUAAACUUUGGCUUGCAGAUGAUUAUUACUAUGCAAAGGCUAAGAUCAUAUUAGCAAAAGAUAGUUUAUGCAAAGGACAACCCUGCGAUACCGGAGCCCGUCGUUCCCCUAAUGGAACAAACACUACUUAUUGUAAAAAGUACGGUGUUCAACGCAGAUGUUCACUGAUAUUACUCAUGGCUUGCGGUUCUGGCUCCAAUACAAAAAUGUCCAGUCCAAAUGUAAGCACGAUGGCGGUGACAGCAGGGACCGUGGAUCAGCAGAUGAGCCCUGUGUUAUUUGAGGUUUUUGGAGAGAUUUGGAAUGUGCAGACUCGUUUGGGUCAGGGCGUCUCGGCCUCGGUGUAUCGGGUCAGCUCCGGCCGGGCGAGUUCAGCUGCCGUGAAGGAGUUUCAGCUAGACACACAGGGUGGAGAUUACGGGUACCACAAGGAAAGAUCUGUGCUGGAGAGCAUCCAGGGGCAUAAAAAUAUAGUGACUCUGUAUGGAGUUUUCACCAAUCACGACCCAUUUGGUGUGGCUACUCAUUGCCUGUUGCUGGAGCUUUUGGAUGUGAGUGUUUCAGAAUUGCUGGUCAGGGUCAGCAAUCAGGGUCACUCCAUGUGGUUGAUUCAGCACUGUGCCCGUGACGUCUUGGAGGCCCUUGUCUUUCUGCACAGAGAAGGCUACGUGCAUGCUGACCUGAAGCCCCGCAAUGUUCUCUGGAGCGCUGACGACGAGUGCUUUAAGCUCAUUGAUUUUGGCCUUAGCUUUAAAGAGGGACACCAGGAUGUGAAGUACAUUCAGACAGAUGGGUACCGGGCCCCUGAAGCUGAGCUGCAGAACUCGCUGGCCCGGGCAGGUCUGGAGGGCAGCUCGGGCUGUACAACUGCUGUGGACCUGUGGAGUCUGGGCAUCAUUCUACUGGAGAUGUUCUCAGGAAUCAAACUGAAAGAAACCAUCAAGUCUCAGGAAUGGAAGGAUAACAGUUCUGCAAUAGUAGAUCAGAUCUUUUCAAGCAAUGCUUUGGUUUACCCAGCUAUCCCUGUCUAUCAUUUGAGGGAUCUGAUCAAAAGUAUGCUUCACAAUGAUCCUAAACUCCGAAGCACAGCCGAAGCUGCAUUAAUCAACCCUUUCUUCAGUAUUCCCUUUGCACCUCAUAUUGAAGAUUUGGUUCUGUUGCCUACACCUGUCCUAAGACUACUAAACGUAAUAGACGACAGUCACCUGAAUAAUGAGGAUGAGUAUGAAGAUAUAAUAGAGGACAUGAAAGAAGAAUGCCAGAAGUAUGGCACUGUUGUAUCAUUACUGAUCCCAAAAGAGAAUCCCGGCAAGGGUCAGGUGUUUGUGGAGUAUGGAAAUGCCGGAGACUCCAAAGAAGCCCAGAGACUGCUGACCGGUCGAACAUUUGAUGGCAAGUUUGUGGUCGCUACGUUUUAUCCACUGAGUGCCUAUAAGAGAGGUUACUUAUACCAAACCGUGCAAUGAGAGGCUGCACACACACCUCUAUUCACACUUCAAAUUAUUACUUUACAAUCAUGUGACUUCUUUUAAGCCCAUGUGGUGUGUAUCAAUCCAUUGUGCUACCUUUAAUAUAUAUUUACACGUGUCACUCAAUGCUCUUGUGAAUAUUGGCACAUAUGCAGUUUAUUUUGGGUGUGAAAAGGAGUAAAGUUUUAGUGCCUGCUUCUACUUUUUCACUUAUAGAACACACCACGAAAAGACAAUUUAUAUUUGAAGUGUGAUUGCUGUUUGCCAGACAUUCAAUUCUUAUGCUUCCAUACUUUGUUGGUGUUCUUUGUUUUUGCAGUGGCAUUGAUGCGCUGCUUUGGUUUACACUGCCUUUUAAAACCACAAAUCACAUUAGAGACUAUCUUUACUUAGUCCUCAAAUGUCUACAAUUCCAAAAUGUGUAGUUUGUGGCUUUUUUUUUUUCUCUUGUUCCUUAUUUCCUUUGUUUCUUUGUGUGUGUGUGUGUGUGUGUGUGAUGUAGGUAUUUCCAGUAAUUAUGCACAUAUUUAUAAACUACUGGUGAAACACACUGGCCUGCAUGCACUGUGGCAUGGUUAAUCACAGCGUUUGACUUGAUCAUGAGGGCUGUUGAAUCACAUUAAACUGAAUAUUCAACAGCAUAUCUAGAGAGAGCACAAAGUCAGUAGAGUGGGAUGGCUUGCUUUAUGAAUAAUUCUUAAAGGGAUAGUUCACCCAAAAAUGAGAAUUCUCUCAUCAGUUACUCACCCUAAUGACAUCGUAAAUGUGUGUGACUUUAUUUGUUCUGCAGAACAAAC